ACUGAACUUGACAAUCAUCAUUCGCAUGGUUCUUCAACUUGUGAACCAGUUGAUGUGGUUAUAUCAAGAAAUGAUAAAACUGAUGGAUUUGGUUUCUUUUUAACAAACACUAAACCAAUACAUAAUUCAAUGAAUGAUCAUACUAGUGGUGGUGGAAAUGUUAAUUGUACUAACAAUAAUAGUAAUACUCAGAAUACAGAAUACAUUGCUCAACUUGUUCCUGGUAGUCAAGCUGAACGUAUGGGUCUACUGUCUGUUGGUGAUCAAAUCUUAGCUGUAAAUGGAAUUCCAACUUGUGGAUUACAUCAUGAUGAAGUGGUUCGUUUAAUUCGAGAAAGUGGUAAUCAUAUAGCUUUGAAAAUUUUACCAUAUUCAGGCUCAGCUUCACGUGGACGUAAACAUCCUUUACCAAUGAGAGAUUCCAUUGAAUUUCCAGUGACAUUGUUUCGUGGUAGUAGAGGCUUCGGUUUCUCUAUUCGUGGUGGACAAGAAUUUAAUCGUAUGCCAUUAGUUGUAUUACGUAUUGCAGAUGGUGGUGCUGCUCAAAUGGAUGGUCAUUUAAAGGU